AUGGAUCCCGCAGACAUUGGGAAGGUCUUGUCGGCUCUGUCCCAUCAAGAGCAGCUUAGGAGUCAGCAGGACCAAGCCCUUUCAGAGCUCCGCGGCGCGGUUUCCAUGCUGGCUCACAAGUUCGAUGAUUACGAACCUCGCGUAGUAAAAUUAGAAGGACGGAGAGCACCUACCCCGGAGGUCCGACAUGUUACACAGGAGGUACCCGUCCAGUCCCCUCCAUUUAAUAGGGAACCAAUGCUUCCACACCCUCCACGUUAUGGAGGCGAGCAUGGGUGUUCCAUCAUCCUGUGCGGGGAAGAGAGGCUAUUAGAGCUCCGCCAAGGAAGACAAUUCGUGGCGGACUAUUCCAUUGACUUUCGCAUUUUGGCCGCCCAAAGUGGCUAUGACGAGCGGGCGCUGUGUGGCUUGUUUCGUCGCGGACUAAACAAUACGCUUAAAGACGAACUGACCACCCGCGACACCAGUUCCAACCUGGAGGAGUUGAUCGAUCUCUCUCUGCUCCUGGACAACCGCCUGAGAGAGCGGAGCCGAGAGCACGGAAGUGGUUGGUUCCCGUUCCAGCAUACAGCGGACCACGGUGCAUCACACGAGAUCACUCAAACAACUGGGUCCGGGGACCACCCCAGCGCCCGGAGGGCUGCCGCCAGGGAGGAGCCGAUGCAGCUGGGGGGCGGAAGUUCCAGUCCGGAGGAGAGACUGCGCCGGUUCGAGGACCAGGCAUGUUCCAGCUGUGGUCUACAAGGACAUCGAGCCGCAUUCUGCCCAUCGGAACCUCAACCGCCUACGCCCGUUGAGUACUGUGAGUCACGACCCCGCGCUGAAUCUCGAGCACCUCAGAGAGUCGACUCUCGGCCGGGACACCCCAGGAGACUUGAACUCGAGGGAGAGAUCUACGGGGCGUCUCGGGCACGACAGAUCAGGGCUCUGAUAGACUCGGGUUCCGAUGACUGCUUACUGGACACAGACAUUGCCUCAGAGAUAGGCUGUUUGACCGAGGAAUUAGCCAAAAAGAAACGGGUUCACGAUCUCGAUGGGCGCCUUCUGGAGGUGGUAACUCAGAUCACCGAACCCCUGAAGCUCAGAUUAUCAGGGAAUCACGUUGAACACCGAUGUUUUUAUCUGAUGCAUUUCCGAGCAGUUCCUGUUAUUCUCGGCUUGCCCUGGCUCAAGACAGACAACCCGAUUAUCUCAUGGAACCGCCCGGCCAUAGAAAUAUGUAGCCCGUUUUGUCAUGAGCAUUAUUUGCGGUCGGCCGUAGCGGGGCAUAUGCGUGUCUGUAACAAUGCCCCUGAAGUCAUCUGCCUUGACGGGGUGUCUAGUUACUAUCACGACUUGAAACAGGUUUUUAGCAAGGAUUGCGACCGAUCUUUGCCUCCGCACUUUCCGUACGACUGUGCCAUAGACCUGCAGGUGGGCGUCCCGCAGCCGAGCUCCCGAUUAUAUCAGGUGUCUCGUCCAGAACAAGAGGCAUUGAGGGACUAUAUUAAUAGCUCGCUCGCUGCAAGUCUUAUCAGACCAUCACGAUCACCGUUAGGUGCCGGGUUCUUCUUCGUAGAGAAGAAGGACAAGUCGUUGCGGCCGCGUGUGGAUUAUCGUGGGCUAAAUGACAUUACGAUUAAAAAUAAAUACCCCCUGCCGUUGUUAGAUUCCGCUUUUGCUCCCUUUCAAUCGGCCACCAUUUUCUCAAAAUUAGACUAUCUGGUUCGCGUGCGUGAAGGGGACGAAUGGAAGAUGGCUUUUAAGACCCCAUUAGGGCAUUUUGAAUAUUUAGUCAUGCCUUUCGGUUUGACUAAUGCUCCCGCUGUCUUCCAGAGGCGAGUCAACGACGUGUUGAGGGACAUGCUGAAUGUAUUUUGUUUUGUUUACCUCGAUGAUAUUUUGAUUUUCUCCCGGUCAUUACAGGAGCACAAACAGCAUGUCAGGCUCGUUUUACAACGUUUAUUAGAGAACAGGCUCUUCGUCAAGGCAGAGAAGUGUAAGUUCCAUGUACAAACCAUCUCGUUCCUGGGAUUUAUCAUUGAGCAGGGUAAGCUGAGAGCCGACCCCGUAAAGACCAGGGCAGUGGUGGAGUGGCCUACACCCACCAGCCGCAAGGAACUACAACGCUUCUUGGGGUUUGCCAACUUUUGCAGAAGAUUCAUCCGUAACUAUAGCCAACAGGCUCUUCCAUUAACCAGGUUGACUUCUGUUAAGCUCCCGUUCAAAUGGCACCCGGACGCAAACACAGCGUUCACAAACUUAAAAAGAGCCUUCACUAAUCCACCUGUACUGCAACAUCCUUAUCCUGACCACCCGUUUGUCGUAGAGGUGGACGCCUCGGAUUCAGGAGUGGGGGCAGUUUUGUCUCAACGUUCUCCGGUUGACCAGAAGCUGCACCCCUGCGCCUUUUUCUAUCGUCGUCUCAGUGCCGCCGAGGCGAAUUACGACGUGGGAAACCGUGAACUUUUAGCUGUGGUUGCAGCACUACAUGAAUGGAGACACUGGCUCAAGGGGACUAAGGAACCCUUCACUGUUUUUACAGACCAUAAAAACCUGGAGUACAUUCGAUCCAAAAAUACCAAGCCUGAUGCCCUCUCCCGCCUCCACGAUCCCGUGGAAAAGGACCCCACACCAGGAUCCAUCCUUUCCGAAAAUUGCAUCCUGGGGGCUUUGAGGUGGGAGAUCGAGCGGAGGAUUCAGGAGGCUCAAAAUGGGGCCCAAGUCCCGGCUGAAUGUCCCGCAGAGAAGCUGUUUGCGCCUCCAUCACUGCGGUCGGAGCCACUGGGCGGGUCCCCUUUCAUGACGGCCUACGGGUAUCAGCCACCGCUGUUCCCGUCCCAGAAGGGACAGGUGGAGGUUCCGUCGGUGCAGUUCCACCUCAAACGGGCCCAUCGCAUGUGGAGGGAGGCCAGGUCCGCAUUGUCCCGCACCGCAUCCAGGAACCGGCAGAUCGCAGACCGUCUGCGACGCCCUGCACCGACCUAUGUGGUGGGGCAGAAGGCGUGGCUGGCUACGAGGGACCUGCGCUUGGCCAGCACGUCUGGCAAGCUGGGGCCCCGUUUUACUGGACCGUUCGUGGUGGACUCCGUCAUCGGCCCCGUCACAGUGAAGCUCCGGUUGCCAGCCUCCAUGAAGGUCCACAUGAAGGUUCCACGUCUCGCUGAUCAAGCCAGUAGCGACCUUUCAUGUUCCGUAUUCUGCCGGCCGCACACCUGCUGCCUAUUUGUCAGUGAUUUCACCUGCUAUAUCUAG